AUGGCUACCGCGUCGUCCGGGUAUCGUCCGUUUGUGUCGUCCCAGCUUUGUCGGGCCGACAACGCGGACCCGAUGUUCCCGAGCCCGGUGCUGGCCGUCCGUGAGAUGGGCAGCAUAGAGGCUCCGCCAGGGUGGGAGAUGAUUUACCAUCCUGAUUCGGAAGUAGAGGCGGUACUGGACGAUUCGGGGGUGCCUCUUGGUAACUUUCGUCCGCCGAGCCGUCGCGGGGACCGGGAGGGAGGAGUUAUUGAUGUGAGAGCUGGAGAGGAAAGUGACGUACGCGGUAGUACGGGAGCCACAGGGAGGAUGGAUUACCCGACGGCGCAGAAUGGGAAGUCUGAAACGGAUUCUAUGCUUCAUGACCCUCUACCGGAUCGUGGACGUGGCGGUGAAAGCUGCCCGGCCACCCCAACCCUUAAACCUAUCAGGCGGAGUCCUAGUCCGGAUGAUCUCGAGCUUGAGGUUAGCGAAAUAGUGGAGGAUGGGGGUUCUACAGAAUCGGAUUCCUCGAGUGGGGAUUCAACGGAUGGGGACUUUGAUACAGAUUGGGACGAGGAUUGGGAUGUCAUCGACCCGUUGGAGGCUUUUUGUGAGGACUAUGUGGAGUCCUUGGGAAAGACAGACGGAUAG